GGUUACCGCCUUUUGCCCUGGCGGCCGCGAGGAGGGGGGUGGGCGCUUUCUUUUUCUCUUGGAAGAGGCUUUUAGUACAGGUUUUCUCGUUCUCACUUCCAACCCCACCUCGCCACCUCCCGAACCCCCUCCUCCCCCUCCCCACCUAUCGUCAUGACGGCGUCUCCGGAUUACUUGGUGGUGCUUUUUGGGAUCACUGCUGGGGCCACCGGAGCCAAGCUGGGUUCAGAUGAGAAGGAACUGAUCCUGCUGUUAUGGAAAGUCGUGGAUUUGGCCAACAAGAAGGUGGGACAGUUGCACGAAGUACUAGUUAGACCGGAUCAGUUGGAACUGACGGAGGAUUGUAAAGAAGAAACUAAAAUUGACGCCGAAAGCCUGUCUUCCGCGCCGCAGCUGGACCAAGCCCUCCGACAGUUUAACCAGUCAGUGAGCAAUGAGCUGAACAUUGGGGUAGGCACUUCCUUCUGUUUGUGUACUGACGGGCAGCUUCAUGUCAGGCAGAUCCUGCAUCCCGAGGCUUCCAAGAAGAAUGUAUUACUACCUGAAUGCUUCUAUUCCUUUUUUGAUCUUCGAAAAGAAUUCAAGAAAUGUUGCCCUGGCUCACCUGAUAUUGACAAGCUGGACGUAGCAGUGAUGGCCGAGAGUCUAAACUUUGAGAAGAACGACUCUGUCUCCCGAUACGGAGCCUCUCAAGUUGAAGAUAUGGGGAACAUAAUUUUAGCCAUGAUCUCAGAGCCUUACAAUCACAGGUUUUCAGAUCCAGAAAGAGUAAACUACAAAUUUGAAAGUGGUACAUGCAGCAAGAUGGAGCUCAUUGACGACAACACAGUCGUGAGGGCUCGAGGCUUGCCCUGGCAGUCUUCAGAUCAAGACAUCGCCAGGUUCUUCAAAGGACUCAAUAUCGCCAAGGGAGGUGCGGCCCUCUGUCUGAAUGCUCAGGGAAGGAGGAACGGAGAAGCACUGGUUAGAUUUGUAAGUGAGGAGCACAGAGAUCUAGCCCUGCAGAGGCACAAACAUCACAUGGGGAACCGGUACAUCGAGGUUUACAAAGCAACGGGUGAAGAUUUUCUCAAGAUUGCUGGAGGGACGUCCAAUGAGGUAGCCCAGUUCCUCUCCAAGGAAAAUCAGGUCAUCGUGCGCAUGCGGGGGCUCCCUUUCACCGCCACCGCUGAGGAGGUGGUUGCCUUCUUCGGACAGCAUUGCCCCAUCACCGGGGGAAAGGAAGGCAUCCUCUUCGUCACCUAUCCGGAUGGUAGGCCGACGGGAGAUGCCUUUGUGCUCUUUGCCUGUGAGGAAUACGCUCAGAACGCCCUGCGGAAGCACAAGGACUUAUUGGGUAAAAGAUACAUCGAGCUCUUCCGGAGCACGGCAGCGGAAGUGCAGCAGGUGCUGAAUCGAUUCUCUUCAGCCCCUCUGAUUCCACUUCCAAACCCUCCCAUGAUCCCGGUACUACCUCAGCAGUUUGUGCCCCCCACAAAUGUCAGAGACUGUAUUCGUCUGCGAGGUCUUCCCUAUGCUGCCACCGUCGAGGACAUUCUGGACUUCCUGGGGGAGUUUUCCACAGAUAUUCGGACGCAUGGGGUUCACAUGGUGUUGAACCACCAGGGCCGCCCAUCAGGAGAUGCCUUUAUCCAGAUGAAGUCUGCAGACAGAGCAUUCAUGGCUGCGCAGAAGUAUCAUAAAAAAGUCAUGAAGGACAGAUAUGUGGAAGUCUUUCAGUGUUCAGCUGAGGAGAUGAACUUUGUGUUAAUGGGGGGCACUUUAAAUCGAAAUGGCUUAUCCCCACCGCCAUGUAAGUUACCAUGCCUGUCUCCUCCUUCCUACACGUUCCCUGCUCCUGCAGCCGUGAUCCCUACCGAAGCUGCUAUUUACCAGCCUUCUCUGCUCUUCAGUCCUCGGGCCCUGCAGCCCUCCACCGCAUACUACCCGGCAGGUACUCAGCUCUUCAUGAACUACACAGCCUACUACCCCAGCCCCCCAGGUUCGCCUAAUAGUCUUGGCUACUUCCCUACAGCUGCCAAUCUUAGCAGUGUCCCGCCCCAGCCCGGCACGGUGGUCAGAGUGCAGGGCCUGGCCUACAAUACUGGAGUUAAGGAAAUUCUUAACUUCUUCCAAGGUUACCAGUAUGCAACCGAGGAUGGACUUGUCCUCCACACAAAUGACCAGGCCAGGACUCUAUCCAAAGAAUGGGUUUGUAUUUAA